UGCAUUCCCGAUUCCUUUUGGUUCUAAGUCCAAUAUGGCAAUUCUCAAGGAUCAGCUGAUUCAUAAUCUUCUAAAGGAAGAACAGACCCCCCAGAAUGUGAUUACCGUUGUUGAGGUUGGUGCUGUUCACAUGGCCUGUGCCAUCAGUAUCUUAACGAAGGACUUGGCAGAUGAACUUGCUCUUGUUGAUGUCACGGAGAACAAAUUAAAGGGAAAGAUGAUGAAUCUCCAAUAUGGCAGACUUUUCCUAAGAAAACCAAAGAUGGUCUCUGGCAAAGUGGAUAUCUUGACUUGUGUGGCUUGGAAGAUAAGUGGCUUUCCCAAAAGCCGUGUUAUUGGAAGUGGCUGCAAUCUGAAUUCAGCCCAAUUCCGUUCCCUGAUGGAGGAAAGGCUGGGAGUCCACCCAUCAAGCUGUCAUGGGUGGGUCCUUGGGGAGCAUGGAUAGUCCAGUGUGUCUGUAUGAAGUGGGGUGAAUGUUGCUGGUAUCUCCCUGAGGAUUCUGCACCCAGAGUUAGGGACUGAUACAGAUAAAGAACAGUGGAAAGAGGUUCACAAGCAGGUGGUCAAGAUUGCUUAUGAGGUGAUCAAACUGAAAGGCUACACAUCCUGGGCCUUUGGUCUCUUUGUGGCAGAUUUGGCAGAGAGUAUAAUGAAGAAUCUUAGGCAGGUACACCCGAUUUCCAUCACGAUUAAGGGUGUCUAUGGAAUAAAGGAUGAUGUCUUCCUCAGUGUUCCUUGCAUCUUGGGACAGAAUGGAAUCUCACACCUUGUGAAGGUGAUUCUGACUCCUGAGGAAGAGGCCUGUUUGAAGAAGAGUGCAGAUACACUUUGGGGGAUCCAAAAAGAGCUGCAAUUUUAA